GGGUGGCAAGCUGAGCCUGGGAGGGAGCAGGAGCUGCAGUCUCUCUCCCUCCCUUUUUUUUUUGCAACCCAGGCUUUGCUUUGGAGACCCCCGCCCUCCAGUUCCCCUCCAACUGGGGGUCUUUUGGGGGGUGAAUGGGGGACCUUUCCUGCAACAAAGCAGCCAGGAUGGGGAGGCGAGGAGGAGAGGCAGGUGUUGACCCGGCUCCGGAGACGCUCUGAGCGUCGCUGAACCCAGGGGCCCGAUCCGGCGGAGCUCAGGGGCCGCUCUCUGCGGUGGCGCCAUGAACCCGGGGCCGGGGAUGUCGCUGCUCAUCCCUUUGGCCAAUGUCCUCGUCUUGAUCCUGAUCGGCUGCUCUGCUGAAAGUCCUCCGGUGUUCGUCAAGAGUCCGGUGGACCAGAUCGGGGUCUCGGGUGGAGUGGCCUCCUUCGUGUGCCAAGCCACUGGCGACCCCAAGCCCCGCGUGACCUGGAACAAGAAGGGCAAGAAGGUGAACUCCCAGCGCUUUGAGACCAUUGAAUUUGAUGAAGGUGCCGGGGCGGUCUUGCGGAUCCAGCCCCUCCGGACCCCCCGGGACGAGAAUGUCUACGAAUGCGUCGCCCAGAAUUCGGUCGCCGAGAUCACCGUCAGUGCCAAGCUCACCGUCCUGAGAGAGGACCAGUUGCCACCGGGCUUCCCAGUCAUUGACAUGGGGCCCCAGCUGAAGGUGGUGGAGCGCACUCGGACGGCCACCAUGUUGUGUGCGGCGAGUGGGAAUCCGGACCCCGAGAUCGCCUGGUUUAAAGACUUCCUCCCCGUCGACCCCAGCGCGAGCAAUGGACGCAUCAAGCAACUGAGAUCAGGCGGCCUUCAGAUCGACAGCAGCGAAGAGACGGACCAGGGGAAGUAUGAGUGUGUGGCCAGCAACAGCGCGGGCGUGCGCUACUCCUCACCCGCUAACCUAUACGUGAGAGAGCUACGAGAAGUUCGCCGCGUGGCGCCCCGCUUCUCCAUCCCGCCCUCCAGCCACGAGAUCAUGCCGGGCGGCAACGUCAACAUCACCUGCGUGGCAGUGGGCUCGCCCAUGCCGUACGUGAAGUGGAUGCAGGGGGCCGAAGACCUGACUCCAGAGGACGACAUGCCCGUCGGGCGCAAUGUCCUCGAGCUGACAGACGUCAAGGACUCAGCCAACUAUACCUGCGUGGCCAUGUCCAGUCUGGGUGUCAUCGAGGCCGUGGCCCAGAUCACCGUCAAAUCGCUCCCGAAGGCUCCGGGAACACCCCUUGUCACCGAAGUGACGGCCACGAGCAUCACCAUCACCUGGGAUUCGGGGAAUCCAGACCCGGUGUCCUAUUACGUGAUCGAGUACAAGUCGAAGAGCCAGGACGGGCCCUACCAGAUCAAGGAGGACAUCACCACCACGCGCUACAGCAUCGGGGGGCUCAGCCCCAACUCGGAGUACGAGAUCUGGGUGUCGGCGGUGAACACCAUCGGGCAGGGGCCGCACAGUGAGUCAGUGGUGACGCGGACCGGGGAGCAGGCGCCUGCCAGUGCCCCCCGCAACGUCCAGGCCCGGAUGCUGAGCGCCUCGACCAUGAUCAUCCAGUGGGAGGAGCCCGUGGAGCCCAAUGGCCAGAUCCGGGGCUACCGGGUCUACUACACCAUGGAGCCCGACCAGCCCGUCAGCAACUGGCAGAAGCACAACGUGGAUGACAGCCUCCUGACCACUGUCAGCAGCCUCCUGGAGCAUGAGACCUACACGGUACGGGUGCUGGCCUUCACCUCCGUCGGGGACGGGCCACUCUCGGACCCCAUCCAAGUCAAGACGCAGCAAGGAGUCCCAGGACAACCCAUGAAUUUUCGGGCCGAAGCCAAGAGCGAAAGCACGAUCCUCUUGACCUGGAGCCCCUCUCGCCAGGACAUCAUCCUGAAGUACGAGCUCCUUUACAAAGAAGUCGGCAACAAGCCAGGAAACCCCGAGUUCUUGAAGACCUUUGAUCCCGUGACAUCGUACCUGGUGAAAGACUUGAACCCCAACACUGAGUAUGUCUUCCAGCUGGCCGCUCGCUCGGCUUUGGGCCUUGGGGCGCCCACCCCGGAGGUCAGGGAGCGCACGCUGCAGUCAAAACCGUCCGCCCCCCCUCAAGACGUAAAAUGUGUCAGCACCCGAUCCACGGCCAUUUUGGUAAGUUGGCGGCCACCUCCAGCCGAAAGCCAAAACGGCGUCUUGGAAGGCUAUAGCGUCCGCUACCGGGCCCUGGAUGCGGAGGACGCCGAGCUGAAAGAGGUGAAGGGCAUUCCUCCGACCACCACCCAGAUCCUCCUGGAGUCGCUGGAGAAGUGGACCGAGUACCGCAUCACCCUGGUGGCUCACACCGUCGUGGGGCCCGGCCCCGAAAGCUCCCCCGUCGUCCUCCGCACCGACGAAGAUGUGCCCAGCGCCCCGCCUCGCAAGGUGGAAGUGGAGGUUCUGAACUCGACGGCCAUCCAAGUCUUCUGGCGCUCCCCGGUCCAGAAUAAGCAGCACGGGCAAAUCCGCGGAUACCAGGUCCACUUUGUCCGCAUGGAGAACGGAGAGGCCAACGGUUUGCCCCAGAUCAAGGACGUGAUGUUGGCCGAUGCUCAGUGGGAAACGGAUGACACCGCGGAAUACGAGAUGGUGAUCGCGGGGUUGCAGCCAGAGACGGCCUACUCCAUCACGGUGGCGGCUUAUACCAUGAAAGGAGAUGGUGCCCGGAGCAAACCCAAAGUCGUGGUGACCAAAGGGGCAGUCCCAGGAAAGCCAGCGCUCUCGGUCCACCCGACUCACGACAACGGCCUCCUGGUCAAGUGGGAGCCCCCUCCGGACGCCGACGGGCAGGUCUUGGGCUACCGGCUCCAGUUUGGGCGCCAAGACGUGGCCCCGUUGUCCACGCUGGAAUUCGGGGCCCAGGAGGCGCAGUACACGGCCGCCAGCAUCCACAAAGGCGCCACCUACGUCUUCCGGCUGUCGGCCAAGAGCCGGGCCGGCUUCGGGGAAGAGGCGGUGGCCGAGUUUGCCCUCCCGGAGGACGUGCCGCGGGGUUACCCGCAGAUCCUGGAGGCCAGCAACGUCUCUUCCCGCUCGGUGCAGUUUGGCUGGCUGCCUCCGGUGUUGGCCGAGCGCAACGGGGCCAUCGUCCGGUACACCGUGGCCUUCCGGGAGGCCGGGGCGCCGGGGGCCCCUCAGGAGAAAGAGCUGGCUCCGUCCCCCGAGAAUUCCUACACCCUGAACGGCCUCAAGCCCAACACGGCCUACGACGUUAAAAUCCGAGCCCACACCAGUAAAGGUGCCGGGCCCUACAGCCCCACUGUCCAAUACCGGACGUUCCUCUUGGACCAAGUUUUCCCCAAGAAUUUCAAAGUCAAGAUGGUCACCAAGACGUCGGUCCUUCUGGGCUGGGAGUUUCCCGAGAAUUACAACUCUCCCAUUCUAUACAAGAUCCGGCAGGAAAACAGCGGCCAGGAGGUGGAGGUGGACGGGCGGCUGACCAAGAAGCUGAUCACCAACCUGAGGCCCCACACGUCCUACCGCUUCUCCCUGACGCCGCGGAGGAGCGACAAGGGGGACCUCCAGCAGAAGGUGGAAGUCAUGACGGCGGCCAACCUGAUGAGCAAGAAGCCCGUGGUCUCUUACCGGCACGAGAUGGACGGCAACGUGGUCUUGCACCUCCCCGAAGCCAAGAGCGCCGACUUCCCGGCCCAGGCCUAUUACGUUGUCGUCGUCCCGCUGAAGAAAACCCGAAGCGGCCAGUUCCAGAACCUGUACAACACGCCGGAAGAAAUGGACUUGGAAGAGCUGGUGCAGGAGAUCUCCCGCUUGCAGCGCCGCAGCCUGCGCCAUUCCCGCCAGCUGGACCCCCACAAGCCGUACGUGGCGGCCCGCUUCUACUCGCUUCCCUCCGUCUUCAUCCUGGGAGACAUGAAGCGUUACGACGGCUUCGAGAACAAAGCCCUGGAGGCCGGGCAGAAGUACGUCGUCUUCGUCCUGGCCGUGCUGCGGACCAACGAGGCGGUCUAUGCCGCCAGCCCGUUUUCGGACCCCAUCCAGAUGGACAGUGCCGACCCGCAGCCAAAGAUCGAAGGCGAGGAGGGCUUGAUCUGGGUCAUCGGACCGGUCCUGGCCGUGGUCUUCAUCAUCUGCAUCGUCAUUGCCAUCCUCCUCUACAAAAACAAGCCAGACAGCAAACGGAAGGACUCCGAGCCCCGCAUCAAGUGCCUCCUGAACAACGCCGAGAUCGCCCCGCAUCACCCCAAGGACCCCGUGGAGAUGCGACGGAUCAAUUUCCAGACGCCAGAUUCUGGCCUAAGCAGCCCUCUCAGUGACCCUGAGUUUGACCUUGAAAGUAUGCUCAACCACCCGCCGAUCCCCAUUUCCGAACUGGCCGACCACACGGAGCACCUCAAAGCCAACGACAACCUGAAGCUGUCGCAGGAAUACGAGUCCAUUGACCCGGGCCAGCAGUUCACUUGGGAGCACUCCAACCUUGAGGUCAACAAGCCAAAGAACCGCUACGCCAACGUGAUUGCCUACGACCACUCCCGGGUCAUUCUGCUGCCCAUCGAAGGGAUCGUGGGGAGUGACUACAUCAACGCCAACUAUAUCGACGGCUACCGCAAGCAAAACGCCUACAUCGCCACCCAGGGGCCCCUGCCGGAGACCUUUGGGGACUUCUGGCGCAUGGUGUGGGAGCAGCGCUCGGCCACCAUAGUGAUGAUGACCAAACUGGAGGAGAAGUCCCGGAUCAAGUGUGACCAGUACUGGCCGGGCCGGGGCACCGAGACGUACGGGAUGAUCCAGGUCACUCUGCUGGAUACUAUAGAGCUGGCGACAUUCUGCGUCCGGACUUUCUCCCUCCAUAAGAACGGCUCCAGCGAGAAACGCGAAGUCCGCCAGUUCCAGUUCACGGCGUGGCCGGACCACGGGGUCCCCGAAUACCCGACCCCGUUCCUGGCCUUCCUGAGGAGAGUGAAGACCUGCAACCCACCGGAUGCAGGGCCCAUCGGCGUGCACUGCAGUGCUGGGGUCGGGCGGACCGGCUGCUUCAUCGUGAUUGACGCCAUGCUGGAGCGGAUCAAGCACGAGAAGACGGUGGACAUCUACGGCCACGUAACGCUCAUGCGCUCGCAGCGCAACUACAUGGUGCAGACAGAAGACCAGUACAGCUUCAUCCACGACUCCUUGCUGGAGGCCGUGGCCUGCGGCAACACCGAGGUCCCAGCCCGCAACCUUUACACCUACAUCCAGAAGUUGGCGCAGAUCGAGGCGGGCGAACACGUCACUGGCAUGGAGCUGGAGUUCAAGCGACUGGCCAACUCCAAGGCCCACACCUCCCGCUUCAUCAGUGCCAACCUGCCGUGCAACAAGUUCAAGAACCGCCUGGUCAACAUCAUGCCCUACGAGAGCACCCGGGUCUGCCUCCAGCCCAUCCGGGGCGUCGAGGGCUCAGACUACAUCAACGCCAGCUUCAUUGAUGGAUACAGGCAACAGAGAGCCUACAUUGCCACCCAGGGGCCGCUGGCGGAGACCACCGAGGACUUCUGGCGCAUGUUGUGGGAGAACAACUCCACCAUCGUGGUGAUGCUGACCAAGCUGCGAGAGAUGGGCCGGGAAAAGUGCCACCAAUACUGGCCGGCCGAGCGCUCUGCGCGGUACCAGUACUUUGUGGUGGACCCCAUGGCGGAGUACAACAUGCCGCAGUACAUCCUCCGGGAAUUUAAGGUCACCGACGCCAGGGACGGCCAGUCGCGGACCGUGCGCCAGUUCCAGUUCACCGACUGGCCUGAGCAAGGCGUGCCCAAAUCCGGCGAGGGCUUCAUCGACUUCAUCGGCCAGGUGCACAAGACCAAGGAGCAGUUUGGGCAAGACGGGCCCAUCUCCGUCCACUGCAGCGCCGGCGUGGGACGGACCGGCGUCUUCAUCACGCUGAGCAUUGUGCUCGAGCGGAUGCGCUAUGAAGGAGUGGUGGACAUCUUCCAGACGGUCAAGAUGCUGCGGACGCAAAGGCCAGCCAUGGUGCAGACGGAGGACGAGUAUCAGUUCUGCUACCAAGCCGCGCUGGAGUACUUGGGCAGCUUCGAUCACUAUGCAACAUAAAACGAAAACGAGAAACAACCACUUCUUUUUUAAAAAAGAAAAAAAAAAGCCAUCCGUCGUGCGGACUCUGGACCACCGAAACGUCCCGGAAGGCCCCCUUUCGAGCCAAGAGCGGCAAGCGUCGACUUUUCCCUUUUUUUAAAAGACUGAAUCGGACGAACAAAACAUUUCCAGAAGCUGCGACGGGGAAGGGGGACCCUUUUGCCCUUUCCCCGGAAUCUGCGUUUCGAAUACCGGACUCCGCAGGGAAGAGGACGAGGGUUAUUAUACGUUUUGUCCCCCUUUUCUUUUCCGCCCUGAAACGGCAAACUUGUUGUUUCUUACCUCAUUUGGGUGUUUGCCGGCGCGGAGGGACACUUCCCGGGACUCGAAUAAACAAACCGACGGACAAACCAACCAAGGACACACGAACAAAUGUACACACAAAUGCAUUGGGACGAGGCGGAUAGCCGGGAAAGGCGGCCCCAUUUGGACGAGGAACGGACCCCAAACAGGGAUUUAAUGGUGACGGGAGGGUUGAAUAGAGUUCGGACUCAAGAUUUUAGAGUUGCAAGUUUGGAGUUCCAUCUCAAACCUUUUGCAAUCAAAACGUAAGGCCUUUUCCAUCCCAAACGCCGGGCCGUUGUCAUCCCAACUUCUUUCCCGGCUCCCCUUUUCCGCACACUUUGGAAACAUUCCUUUCCGACGAAUUCCAGCCCAAACAAAAGGGAAACUCGCCUUUCCCCCUUCUGCUCAGAUUCCCAAGCCAUUCCUUGCUCUCUAGAAUCAAAACAACAAUACAAAAGCCUUUUCCCUCCCUCGUUUCUCCCGAUUCCUCCAGACCAAAUUUGCUCUGUUUGCUCUAUUUGUUUCCGUGGGUCUCUUCGCCACCGACCCGCCAACCCCGUUGCCAAAGAAGAGGACAAAAAAAUACAGGAUUUGGGGGAAAUAAAUCAGAAUCUUAAUGGCUGCCCCUCGGAAAUUAACGCCGUUCCUGCGAACUCCACAAAAAUCGAAACAUAGUGGUUAUGGUUACAUCCGAAGCAGAACACGGGGUCCAGCGAAGGACAGACAACAAAACACCCUAAAUGGGUUUUUCUUUAACUCUGAUAUACUCUAGCAAGUGACAUUUAUUUUGCAUUUUUUUUAAUUUCAUUUUAGCAGGUCUCUAUCUCUAUCUUUUUUUUAAUAGUGUAUUUUUUGUUGUUUCCUUUUUUAAAAAAACAUGUAUAAAAAAGAGUAUUGCUCGACGGAACGACGAUGGAAAAGAAUUGCUUAUUUGUUCAUAGUUCUGUUCAAAGACAGUCUAUUUUUUCACGGUACGAAAUGUUAACGUGUCAAUGGCUGUGCGGCAUACCAAGAGGAGGGGAGGGCAAAUAUUCCUUUGACAUAUUGCUUUCGUCGUUGUCUUCUUUUCUCCUAAAAAGGGUUCACCCGCUCGCGUACGAACAAAACCGUUGCUGCUUUCCCUUUUGUUGAGUUCUUAGUAUUCUUCUUUCCGUCGUUACCACGUUCUCUCUUUUUCCGCAAGGCAUCGAGGACAGUCCGGCGCUUACUGGGGACCAAAAAAAAAUGUGUUUUGCGGUGAGUCCGGAUCGGUACAAAAGACGCUUGAAUCCAGAGAACAUCCGUUCCUUAGGUCAGUGGUUCGAAUCCAGGGAGCACGGUGAGCUCCUGUCUGUCAGCUCCAGCUUCCCAUGUGGGGAAAUGAGAGAAACCUCUCACAGGUUUCAUGGGCAACAUCCUUGCAGACAGCCAAUUCUCUCACACCAGAAGCGACUUGCAAUUUCUCAAGUCAUUCCUGACACACACAAAAAGUUCCUUAGUAAAUUUUGUCAAUCAACAUUUUCCUUCUUUGAAUGGCCAUCUGCCGGGAGGGCUUGGAUGGUGUCCUUAAGGGCAGAAGGGGGUUUGGACUGGAUGCCCCUUCCAGCGCUAGGAUUCCUUGAUCCCAUAUUUCUAUUUUUCCACAAGCCUAUUAACUUCCAUGAGACUCGGUGGUCAUCUGUCGGGAGGGCUUGGAUUGUGUUGGACCAGAUGGCCUUUGGGAUCCCAUUUAGCUCUAUAACUUCCCUUUUCUUAGAUUUGUUCCAAUCCUGGGAUUCUUAGAUCCUAUAGUUCUAUUUCUCCACGAGCCUGUUAACAUCUAUGAGGCUGAAUGGCCAUCUGUCGGGAGGGUUUGGAUUGUGUCCUCCUUAAGGAGUUGGACCGGAUGGCCUUUGGGAUCCCAUUCAGCGCCUCUUGUUCCUUAUUACCGGAAGGUUGGCGGUUUGAAUCUGUGGGAUUGGAUGAACUCCCAGUGUUAGCCCCAGCUUCUGCCAACCUAGCAGUUCGAAAACAUGCCAAUGUGAGUAGAUCGAUAGGUACUGCUUCGGCAGGAAGAUAAUGACCUUCUCUGGAUUCAAGCCGAUGUUUUCUUUCUGAUGGAGUCCCCCGGAAGCCCCGGGUGCAAGUCGCGUCCCGCUCCGGAACGGAGACGCCACGGUACGGUUCUAGGUACGUCCCUCCCUCUUUUGGUUGUUGUUUGAAAGUAGAACGAUUGCGCUCUCUCUCUCUCUCUCUUAUCUCUGUCUUACCACUUGUUGCCUACAAACUUGGAGGAACCUUGGGCCCGAAAAACACAAGACGGAGGAGGAUGACCCGUUCCUCCUUUGCGCGAAAACCCGGUUAGGACGGUUUCAGAAGAAAAAUAAAAAACAUUAAACAUUAAAGCGGAAAAAAACAGCCCAGAGUGGCUCCCGGGCCACGCUGUAUGUAGAUAUAUAUAUUGAACUUUGUAUUAAAGGAAGAUUGUCUGAAAAAG